AUGAUGGCUUCUUCACCACCAGCCUCCCCCAGCCCGGGCAACCGUCCGCCGAGCGCCAUCGCGAGACCUGCAGGACGGAGCAGCAGUCGACUCAGCAUGAAUGGCAGCAAAAUGACGGCCGGCAGCAGAGCCUCCGAUGAGGACAGCCGCACAGCUGUCAAAGUCGCCGUUCGAGUGCGACCGCCUCUGAAGCCCGAGGACCCCGGCUACGAACUGAUACCCCAGCGCUUCCAGCGAUCAAUGGUGCAGACGACCUCGAGCACGAGCCUGGCCAUCGAUUCUCCACAAGGCCGCAAGCUGUUCGUCUUCGACCGCGUCUUCGAAUCCGACGUGAUGCAAGAGGGGAUCUGGGAGUACCUCAGCGACUCGAUAGACGCCUUCACCAAAGGUUUCAAUGUCUCGGUACUGGCCUACGGUCAGUCCGGCGCCGGCAAAUCAUACACGAUGGGUACCUCUGGGCCCGGCGAGCAGCUGGACGAGGAGAUGAUGGGCGUCGUGCCGCGUGCUGCCCGUGCAUUGUUCGAGAAGCUCGAUGUGCCUACGGGGACCGCGCCCAGCAAGGCCUCCAAACGGAGCUCGCUCUCACACCUCAAGAGCCGGGGCGCCUACGGCGCGCAAAAUGCGCUUGGCGACCGCAACUGGUCUCUGAAAGCCACCUACGUGGAGAUCUACAACGAGCAGCUCCGCGACCUCCUCGUCGCAGACAGUACGCCUGUUGGCGAGCGCAGCAACGUGGCUAUCCGCGAGGACGUCAAGGGCAACAUCAUCCUGACCGGCCUGCGCCAGGUUGACAUUACUAGCGUCGAGGAUCUCAUGGGCGCCCUCAACUUUGGCUCCUCUAUCCGCCAGACUGACGCCACCGCCGUCAAUGCCAAGUCCUCUCGUUCCCACGCCGUCUUUUCUCUGAAUCUGAUCCAGCGCAAAGACAAGUCCGCCGCCGAGAAAAGGUUCUCCGUGCCGAUCGAGGCUAUGUCCGGCCAUGAAGCACCCGUUACUACCGACAGCAAGCUCCAUUUUGUCGACCUUGCGGGAAGUGAGCGGCUGAAGAACACGGGGGCGCACGGCGAUAGGGCUCGGGAGGGUAUCUCGAUCAAUGCUGGCCUUGCAUCCUUGGGCAAGGUCAUUAGCCAGCUUUCGUCCCGCCAAGCUGGCUCGCACGUGUCCUACCGCGACUCCAAGCUGACACGACUACUUCAAGACUCGCUCGGCGGCAACGCGUAUACUUACAUGAUUGCCUGCGUCACGCCAGCCGAGUUCCACCUGAGCGAGACGCUGAACACUGUUCAGUACGCGCAGCGCGCUCGGGCGAUUCAGUCGAAGCCUCGCAUCCAGGAGGUGGACGAGGGCGACAAGCAGGCUGUCAUUGACCGCCUCAAGGCCGAGGUGUCCUUCCUGCGCGAACAGAUCCGCAACAGCGCUGGUCGCGCCGAGGCCAGCCCACGUCGUCUCCAGGCCGGCGCCAGCGACAAGAUUGAUCGUCAGAGCGAGCGUGAGGCCGAGCUACAGAACCAGCUGCUCGACACCCAGGAGAAUUACACGGCCUUGAGCCAACGUCACGCAAAGCUCAUUGCCGAGCUCGCGAGGGCACGCGAACAUGAGUCGUAUGGCGAGCUCCACGAAGCGGAUGGGACGCACGACAGCGCCGAUGACCGCAUCAACCGCUCCAACUCUUUCGCCCAGGCUGUCGAGCAGGUCGUGAUGGAGUAUGAGAAGACCAUUCAAUCGCUCGAGCAGUCCCUCUCUAGCACUCGUGGCACGCUGUCCAGCACCGAGGCCAACCUUCUUGAGAAGGAGACCAAGUGCGCCUACGUGGACACCAUCAACGUGCAGCUGCAGGCACGCUUGCAGAAGCUCCAGGACCGCGAAACUAACACAGAGAGCUACCUUCACGACCUCGAAGCCAAGCUUGAUGGCCACACGAGCGGUGAGGAGAAGAACGCAACUAUUGUCAUGGAGCUGCGCAAGGAGCUGGCUCGCGUUCGUGAGAACGAGGCCUCGUGCGAAGACUACAUCUCGACCUUGGAGGAGCGUCUCGCUGAGGCUGACCAGGACUCUGAGCUCAUGCAGCGGGAGAUUGACCGUCUGGAGCAGGUAGUCGAGCGUCAGCGCAGCCUGGGCAAGCUCGACAAUCUGCUGCAGGAACUUGAUGAAGUGCCCGAGUCGAAGCAACCCGAGCCCGGCAGUCAGCCGGCGCCCAACGGUCAUCGCAAGCGCAGCAGCACCGCUGGCCACUCCCGCGCACAAUCGCACGUCAGCCGCCACAGUCAUAUGGAAGAUCCGAUCCCGGAGGACGACGAGGAUGUUGCGCUAGGAGAGCCCAAGAUUGCGACCGUCAAGGAGGAGGCCGAGGAUGCGGCUGUCGAGACGCAGCCCACGGAAGAUACGCCGGCACAGAACAGGUAUGUGCAAGACAAGCUGGAGAAUGUCACGCAAGAGCUGCUGGACCUCCGCGUCGACCACGAGACCACCGUCAACCAAUACGAUAUGCUGCACUCCAAGUACGAGGAGGCCAUGGCCAAGCUUGCCGAGCUUCAAGACGCCAUGGACGAGGCCCGUCACAGCAAGCAGCGUGCUCGCGAUUCCAUUAUCUCGCAAGUUGGUCCAAGCCAAGCCGCUUCGGUUGCGUCGGAGGCGGGCGAAGGCGAUGCGAAGACUGGAGUGCGUUCCUCUGCAUCUCGGUCGCUGUCGUCAGAAUUGUCGUCAGCCAUUGACUCGCCGGCUACUGCGGGUACAUCGAACGGGGACCCCGUCUCGGACGACGACGCGGCCACAGCCAAGCCCACAUCGUCGACUGACGACGUGACAUUGCACCGUUCUCCGUCCUCGUAUGGGGCGAACCGGCAGCUGGAGGGCGAAGUCCAAAGGCUGAAGGUCCUGGCCGAGGAGAGCGAGCAAGCGGAGAGGGAGCUGCUCGAGCGAUACGCCCAGCUCGAGAGCAAGCACACCGAGGCCCUUGACAUGGUCGAAGAACUGCAGAAAGAGGUGCAGCGAGCCAGGGCCAGCGAGACAAGCUCACCGCGGUCGCCGAACCCCAUCAUCCGACGCAAGUCCAGCCAAAACCUCCUCAUCGACCGCGCCCACCGCGCGUUCUCGUCUUUGCGGAACAUCGCCAACGACAACCUCGCCGGCAAGCCCGAGACGAUGCAGAACUUUGAGAUCAAUAUCACGGCGGCCAUGCACGAGCUGCACCAGCGCAGUGAGCGCAUCCAGGAGCUAGAGGCCGACGUUGCCUCCACGAAGAAGGAGAUGGAGACCAAGAUGACCAUCAUCUCUGGCCUCACACGAGAGCGGAGCAGUCUCAAGGCCAGCCCGAUGGACAUGUCCAUGGUGGCCAACAUGCGUGACCAGCUGGAGCAGAGGGAGGCGCAGAUGAACUCGAUGCGGGACGCGCACGCAUCGCGUGAGAAGGAGCUCACAGCUGAACUGGAGACUCUACGGAGAGCCAUGGCCGACCCUGAGAUAGCCGAGACGCCAUCCUCGAACGAUGAGACGAUCGCCAGGCUCGAGGCCGAGUUGGCAGCUUGGGCAGGCAAGCACCAGGCUGCGCUUGAUACCAUGCAGACCCGGGAGUCUCAGCUGCGGGACACAGUACAGAAACUGGAGACCCAGCUCGGAGACGCGCAGUCCCACGAAGUUGUGUCACAUGCGCUCGCUGCCGGUGACGUGGAAGCCAACGAGGCCGCACAGAAGCAUGAGAACCUCAUCCAGUUCCUCCGCAACGAGAUUGACGAGUACAAGGCCAUUAUCAACAGCAACGCAACCAAGGUUGCAGAGCUCGAGAGGGCGCACGCAGACACCAAGGCGGAGCUCGAAGAGGCCGUACAGGCCCGCGGCGCCCCGGCGGAGGGCGGCUCCCUUCACGAGGAGCUUCUCGCUAAGCUGGAAGAGCAGCUCGCCUCGCAUGAGGAGGCCGCCAAGACGCACCACAAAGCCAUGGAGGCCCUCAAGUCGAGCCACACGCAGGAGCUCGCCGAGCUAAAGAGCCGCGAGCAGAAGGGGUACGAGGAGCAGGUGGCGGUGCUGCUCAGCGAGCAAGCCGAGUCUGGGCAGAGGCUCGAGGCUGAGCUGUCGUCGGCGCGCGAGGAGCUGAUGGCCAUUGCGACGCAGGUGGCCACCGUGCUUGGGCUCGAGGCUAGCACGGAGAAGCUCGGGGAGCGCAUCGAGGCGUUGGCUGCGGACCGCAAGGCGCUGCAAGAGGCGACCAAGAAGACGGGCGAGAUGGAGUCUCACGUCGCGGAGCUGUCAGCCAUCAACGAGACCAUCAUGAAGGAUCUGGAGGCGGCCAAGGCGGCGCUGGUGGACGUGGUGCCCGAUAACGCAUCGUCGGUCGUGGCCCAGGUGACGGCGGUCAAGAGCAAGCUCACAGAUCUCGAGGGCCGCAACAAGAAGAACAGCCGCCUGGUCGAGGAGCUGGAGGAGCAGCUGCAGAACAACUACGACGAGGCGCAGAUGACCAACAACCGCCUCAGCACGCUGCAGAGCGAGCGCAACUCGCAGAUUGAGGAGCAGUCGGCGGCGCGGGUGCGCAUGCAGGCCGAGCUGGACACGGUGCGUGAGGAGUACGCGACGCUGCAGGCCAAGUACGAGGAGGUGAUGACGAAUGCGGACGCGAAGCGGUCGAGCUCCAACUCGGUGGUCCGCAAGAGCGCGUCGCACGCGUCGCUGCCGUCACCGCCGCCGGCGAUCCCACUUCCGCCUCUGCCCAACGGCGCGCAAUCACCGCCGCCGACGGCCAACGGGCUCCCGCCGAGCUCGCCGACGUCGUCGCUGCGGCCGGCGAGCAAGGACCAGUUCAACAUCUCGCAGAUCACGGAGGACCAGGAGGCGCGGAUCCGGACGAUCGAGAAGCACCUGUACGCGGAGCGGCAGCUGACGCAGACGCUGGAGGAGGCGCUGACGGACCUGGAGAAGCAGACCAACAAGGUCAAGGCGGACUGCGACGCGUGGAAGAAGAAGGCGGGCACGCUGGAGACAGAGGUCAAGGAGCUCCGGGAGCGGGUGACGCCCGAGACGCAGCAGGACAACCGCUGGAGCGUGCAGGCGGUAGAGGAGGAGCGCAAGAAGCGGCAGGCAGCCGAGGCGGCGCGCAAGCAGCUCGAGGACCGCAUGAACGCCAUCAACAAGGGCAAGAAGAAGAAGGGCAGCCUGAACUGCUUCUAG